AUGAAGAGAACAUCAUCUUAAUAGAGUAUAGAAGUAAGGAGAGAUUCAAAUCAUUUAGUUGGACUCAUGAGUGAGAAUGAGAAACUACAUAAAUAAAAUGAAUCCUUAAUGAAAGAACUAAGUCUCAUUAAAAAUGAUUUUGAAAGAAUGUCUCAAAAUGGUUAAAAAACAGUUAAGAAUGGUCGUAGAAAAAGUUGUGAAAUUACAGGUGAAAUAAUCACUUAAUAAUAAAUUAAAUCUCUCGAAGAAGAACUUUUAAAUACAUAAAUGAGAUUUAACACAUUGAAGAAAGAAUUCUCAAUUAAAACUACUUAAUAUUAAAAUUAAAUAACUAAAUAAGCAAAUUUAAUUACUUAAUUAUAAAAUGAGAAUGAUCUGUUGAAGAUAAAGUUUGAAAACAAAGAAAAUUAAUAUUUAGAUUAUAAAUAAGGAUUUUAAGAGAAUUAUUUAGAAAAAUCAGGUAUUAAAAUUAUAAAUGAAAAUCAAAAAAUUAAAUAAUUAUCUGAAAGUAACAUUAAAUUAACUAAAUUACUUGAAGACAGAUUGAUUUAAUUAGAAUAGUUAACUAAAACAUUAAAUUAAAAGAAUCAAGAACAUAUGAAAGAAAUUGAAUAAUACGAAUCCCUAUUAGCUCAUCAUUCCUCAUAAUCAUAAGGAAAAUGUUUUGAUUCUUUAUAAAAGAAAAUAGAAAUUCUCGAAAAAGAUAAAGUUCGAUUAACAAAUGAAUUGUCGAAGACUAGAGAUUUAAACUCAAAAGAAAAAUAAAUAUUAUUAAAAGAAAAAUAAAAUAUAAAUUUAGAAAAAGAGAAAUUGCAUUCAGAUAUGUCAGUUAUUUAGCAAUAAUUAACUGAUUACUACAAUUAAUUAUAAUAAUGUGGUUAAUAAUUAAAAUAGAAAGAUGAAAGUAUAAAAUAGUUUUAAUAAACUGAGAGCUAUUAAGGAUAUUAGAAUUUAUAAUAUGAACACUAACAAUAAAAGUAAUUGAUAACUUAGUUACAAAUUCAAAUUGGAAAUCUUUAAUAAACUAAUAAAGCUUUGCAUGAGGAAUUAUUAUUUUUAAAGACAACAGCUCCCUUAAGUAAUAGGACAAAUUUGAAGACCUACUUUGGAGUAGAUUCUCCAUUCAAAAAUAUAGCAGAUGAGCAAAAUAAAUAUAAUGUUACUCUAAGUAAAAAUUUAAUUAAUAUGUAAAUAGAAACAAAAACAUAGAGUUCAUUAGACUAAAGAGGAAGAUCUUAGGAAAAAUUUAGAAGGAUAGAAUGA